CUUGAGUUCCCAGAGUUCCUAUUGGGUCAACGCGGGAAGCUCCAAGAUGGCGGCAGUGGCGACCUGCGGCACCGGCGUUGGGAGUACUGGAUCUAUAGUGGCUGCAACCAGCAAGAACAACGUCACCAGUUUCCAGAGGAAGGGUCCUAGAGCAAGCGGUACCGACAGCGGCUGUUCUCGACUGGUGUCCAUCGCGGGCACACGACCAUCGGUGCGGAAUGGACAGCUGCUGGUAUCUACCGGGCUCCCAGCCCUGGACCAGCUCCUAGGUGGAGGUUUGGCUGUUGGAACAGUUCUUCUAAUUGAAGAGGAUAAAUAUAAUAUUUAUUCUUCUUUGCUCUUCAAGUAUUUCCUGGCAGAAGGAAUCAUCAAUGGGCAUACUUUGUUGGUUGCGUCUGCAAAAGAAGACCCUGCUGAUAUUUUACAGGAACUUCCUGCACCAUUACUUGAUGAUAAUUAUAAAAAAGACUUUGAUAAAGAUGUAUGUAAUCCUCAAACACCAGACUCUAACAUUAAGAUGAAAAUAGCUUGGCGUUACCAGUUACUACCCAAGAUAGAGUCUGGACCAGUAUCUUCUUCAAGAUUUGGUCACUAUUAUGAUGCAUCAAAAAGGAUGCCACAAGAACUAAUUGAGGCUUCAAAAUGGCAUGGAUUUUUUUUUCCAGAAAAAUUAUCUUCAACUCUUAAUAUAGAACCAUGUUCUUUGACCCAUGGCUACAGAAAGCUGCUUCAGUUUAUCCAGAAAGUCAUAUAUGAGGAAGGAUUUGAUGGCUCCAAUCCCCAGAAAAAACAGAAAAACAUUUUAAGAAUAGGAAUCCAGAAUCUUGGUUCACCUUUGUGGGGAGAUGACAUUUGCUGUACAGAAAACUGUGACAACAGCCACAGCCUUACGAAGUUCCUGUAUGUUCUCCGUGGUCUUCUACGAACCUCUCUUUCAGCCUGUAUCAUCACAAUGCCAACACAUCUUAUCCAGAAUAAAGCAAUUAUUGCUCGUGUUACAAACUUGUCAGAUACAGUAGUUGGUCUGGAAUCAUUCAUUGGUUCUGAGAGAGAAACCAACCCAUUAUAUAAGGAUUAUCAUGGUUUGAUUCAUAUUCGGCAGAUUCCUCGGCUUAAUAACUUGAUUUAUGAUGUAUCCGAUGUCAAAGACUUAGCUUUUAAAUUAAAAAGGAAGCUCUUCACCAUUGAGGGGGGUAAGACUGAUGACUUCCAAGCUCCUUUUAUUCAAGACCAGAAACAAGAAGUCUCCAAGCGACUGCAUUUGCCUCCAGACUUGUCAGACACAGUGAGCCGCUCAAGCAAACAGGAUCUGGCAGAAUCCUCCAAGCUGCUGGGCCCAGGCUGUGGCAUGAUGGCCGGAGGCAAGCAGCACCUGGACUUCUAGCGGUUCCUCCUUAGUCGUUGCAUGCAGAAUUAUAUGGCACCCUAAUUAUGAUUGCUAAUAGCUUCUGUAAAUAUUUUUCUUAACGAUUUGACCCUCCAAUCCUUGAAAAACAGUUAGGAUUGCAAAAUGAGGCCACCGCUCUUCAUUUUCCUUGCCCAACUUUUUAUGCAGAAAGAGUACAGCAAAACUAUUUUCAUUUUAAAAUUUUGUUUUAUGCUCUAUUUAGAGAAAGCAGAUAAUUUUAUUUUUAAGUAAAAUGUCAGAAACUCCAAGUGCCUCACAGUGGUCAUUAGUAUACAUAUAUUAAGGCACUUAGUCCAUGUUAAGUGCAUAUUACAGCAGGUAGCGUAUAAAACAGUAUGAAAUUCAUAAUUGCAUAUGAAAAACAUUUUCUCUUUAUUUCUGAAAAAGUCACUUGCCACCAAAAAAUGCUAAGGUGUUUUUUAAAAAUGAAAAACUCAUUUGCUAAUGUACGUGAAGACUGUAAUAAAAGGAAUUUGCAUUUAUGCAUCCUGUUAUCAAAUUGAUGAACACAAAAUAACAUUUUGGGAUUAAGGUUCCAUUAAAGAUCAGUAGUCUACCAUACUAGUUAAUAAAUCUAAAGAACUUGAGUGACAGAAAGCAUAGAAAAAGAAGCUGAUGGUCUUCUGUUUUGUAAUCCUAAACAAUUGAAGUCAGCACUAUGAAAUUACGUCAGCAGACAUAAUUCAGGAUUGAAAUUCAAACUGACAGCUACAUUAACACUAGGGGAAAGCAUGUAUUGAAGCUUGGUGAGAGAUUUUUACAGAACACAGGUCUGAGACAAAGUAGCAAACUGAAACUAACUCCGAUUUCCAUUGCAUCAGGUAAGCCCUUUGUGAAUCAAGAACCUUGGCUGGGUAUGCACAUUUAUAACCAUAUAGACAUGUAUUUGGGGGGUAGAUAGCACAUCGACCCAGUUUUCAUAUAAAACACUAGGUUUUUGAAUCACAGUUCCAUAUUCUCAAAGCUUUUGACAAAUAGACAAAAAGUGAAGGUUAGGCAGUAACUUGCAUUUAAGUAAAGAAUCUCAAUUUUUAAAAAGCUGCUUGACGUCCAUUAGGAGAAACUGAAUUUCUAAAAUUCUUCAGUGAUGUUAGAAUAAAUUUUGAAGCAGUUAUAACUAGCAUUUUUAAGCAGUUUGCUUGUAAUACACCACAAAUUAUACUUUAUUUGUUCUUGACAACAUUGUAGAAAACAAAGACUAGGUUUUUAAAACUGUCUACCCAACAUGAUGAAUGUCAGUCAGUUAAAAAAAAAAAACCCACUGUAGCAUAAACACACACUGUAUACAGGUUUUAUUCAGAAUUAGAAUAAUUGAAUCAAUGACAGUGAUUCGCCAGGAUGUCAAAUCUCUCCAUCAUAUCCUGUCACUACCAGUUUAUUUUUUGUGAUCGAAAUCAAAAAGACAACUAUUUUGUCACCCGCUAUUUUAUUAGUACUAAAAACCAGGUUUCUCCUAUUUUUUUAGAAUGUCUGGUUUAUUUUUUUUUACUUCUUUUAAUUCGAGAGACACAAAUUCUUCCCCAUUUUCUUUUCAAAGUAAAGUUUCAGAAUUGAUCUGUCAGUUAAAAUUAAAGGGCUUUUAUAUUAAGCAAAGGUGCUUUUAAAAUGUAAAGCAACUUAAAAAAAUCAAUUUAGUCCACAGAUAAUAAAUAAUGUGCAGAUACUCCACAAAAGCUUUGCUAUGUCCUUUGAAAGCAUUAUGAACAAUUUGAAUAAAUUCAAAUGAAUAUUUUA